CCAAACGAACACACACGCGUGCAGUCUAUCAACCUUUAUCUCACUUUGCCUCACGCUUUUGUGUAUCACCGUUUGAAUGAGGAGUAAAUAAAAGCGGUUUAUCCAUGUCAGGUUCCGAGCCACCUUCCGGUGAUUCUGGCGGAGCGGGAGGGUAUGGAGCAUUUUACCCGGCGGGGUACCAGGCGUUUCACCCGGUAGAGCACGGCCUAGACCGCAGCUUCCGACUCACGGCCCUAUCCGACCUGAAAGGAUGAGGGUGUAAAGUCCCGCAGGAGGCUCUGCUCAAACUCCUGCAGGGACUGGAGCCCGACCGGCUGCCCGGAGAGGAUGGUGGUUCGGGGACGGGUGUUGGAGACGAGACCGCGGAUUUCGGGCAGCUCGUGUCAGUUGGACAGGGUCCUCGACUAGGUAUUGGAAUGGACUCAUGUGUGAUUCCUCUCAGGCAUGGAGGUCUCUCUUUGGUCCAGACCACUGAUUUCUUCUAUCCUUUAGUGGAGGAUCCCUACAUGAUGGGACGAAUUGCCUGUGCAAAUGUACUGAGUGACCUGUAUGCCAUGGGCAUCACAGAGUGCGACAACAUGCUCAUGCUUCUUAGUGUCAGUCAGAAGAUGAAUGAAAAGGAGAGGGAGCAUGUGAUGCCUUUAAUGAUGAAGGGCUUCCGUGAUGCAGCGGAGGAGGGCGGGACUUCAGUAACUGGAGGACAAACGGUCAUCAAUCCCUGGAUAAUCAUUGGGGGUGUGGCCACUGUGGUGUGCCAGCCCAAUGACUUCAUCAUGCCUGACAGUGCUGUACCUGGAGAUGUAUUAGUUCUUACCAAACCUUUGGGAACUCAAGUAGCAGUUAAUGCCCAUCAGUGGAUGGAUAUGCCAGAUAAAUGGAACAAGAUAAAGUUGGUGAUUUCUAAGGAGGAGGUGGAGCAUGCAUAUCAGGAGGCUAUGCUCAAUAUGGCCACCCUUAAUCGCACUGCUGCUGCUUUAAUGCAUAAAUUUAAUGCACAUGCUGCCACAGACAUCACAGGAUUUGGGAUCAUUGGUCAUGCACGUAAUCUUGCACAGCAGCAGCGAAAUGACGUCGCCUUUGUCAUUCACAACCUUCCCAUUAUCUCUAAAAUGGCUGCAGUCAGCAAAGCUUGCGGCAACUUAUUUGGGCUUCUGCAGGGUACCUCCUCUGAAACAUCAGGUGGUCUGUUGAUAUGUUUGCCACGGGAGCAGGCAGCCCGCUUUUGUGCCGAGAUGAAAUCCAGUCGUGUGGGUGUGUCAGGAGCGCUGGGGCAGGACAGCGGGACGGGCGACGGGCAACAGGCUUGGAUCAUUGGCAUCGUGGAAAAGGGCAAUCGCUGCGCCCGCAUCAUCGACAAACCUAGAAUCAUAGAGGUGCCAUACCGCGGUUCAGUUGUCAGCACACAGGAGGGCAACAGCAACAAUAAUGCAAGUCUGUCUGAGGUGCAGCCCACCCUGACAUAACGCCACAGCACCACAAAGGGACUAAAGUCUCUCAUUGAUCAACAUUCUUUUCCCCCUUUAACUUUGCCUCUCAUUUAUUGUGUACUUGGUGGUCUUGAUUAGAGUGUGUGGGCAUGUAAAACAGAGAUAGUGUUUGUGGGAGUCACUGGCACUGUGUGUGUGUAUGUCAAAAACUUAAGAUGGAGUAUGUGUGGUUAAUCUGCUGUCCAUUUCCUCCCCCUGUUCAACCAAAAGGGUUGAGAGCAACAGACCAAAAAUGAUUUUUCUUUACCUGGUGGGAGAUGAAAUGGACAACAAACCAGUGUUUUUGGUCAUCUCAUUCUCUUCAUCUCAUUCUUUCAAACACAGUUUUGUCAAAUCCUUCUGCUUUAUUUUUUCCCUGAUAGAGCUGUUACUAUGUUUUCUAUUCCCUGGGGGUUUUAUUUUUUCCUCUGGGAAAAGUUUGACAAACAUGUUUUCGAACUUUUUCCAGUAAUGAGUUUUAAACUGUAUCCAAUGCAUCUGGCGUUUAAAGGGAUAGUUAACCUAAAAAUAAAUAUUGUCAUUAUUUACUCACUUUCAUGUUGUUUCAAAACUGUAUGACUGACUGACCAAAAAAUUUUUGUCAGCAUGUCACCAUUCACUUUCAUUUCCUUUUUUUUUUUUUCUUCCAUACAAUAAAAGUGUAGCCACACAGAUUUGGAGCAACAUGAGGUGGUGUAAAUGAUGACAGAAUUUUAAUUUUUGGGUUUACUAUCCUUUCAACUCUUUCCGUGUGAUGAGAUGGUGGAUACAAAGCCCUGUAUUUUGCUUUGAGAUCUCCCACUACAAUGGAGCUUGUUUUUUCUAAGAAAACAUUCCAAUGAUUAAAAAAAAGAAGAAGAAUCAAAAGCUUUGAAUAGCAAAGAUACCAAAUUGACAAUCAAAGUCAAGAGUUUUAUCUUUUAAGCCAUCUGACAAAUGUUUCAAUACAGGACACACUACCACACCAAUGCAUCCUGGGGCCUGAAUAGUCAUAAAUAUUGGUGUAAUUAAUUGGUGUAAUUAAUUGGUAUAAUUUAAUUGAUAUUUAAUGGAACAAUCAAUUAUUUCUUUUGUUUCAAAGAUCUAAAUGCAAUUGUCCAAAUUUAGGGUGUUUUGUUAUUUUGUAUUGUCCACAUCAAUCUGCUUCUUAAACAUGUAAUAGUUUGAAUGUAGGAAAUCCAUGUAUCAUUGUCAUGUGCCUGAUGAAAUUAGGUCGAUAUUCUCUUUCUUGGGUCAUUUUCCUAAAUAUAAUUUUUGCUGGUUAGAAUAGGGUGAAGUGCUAACUUCAUUCAUUAGUCAGAGUAUGGACAAUAUUCAUCAUGGUUUUAGGGGCAGCAAUGUAAUUUUGAAUGUAUUGAUGAUUGUGGCGAGAUAUGCUAUGAAUGAUAUGCAUUGUGAACUUGUGUUCUUCGCUUUCAUUCUGUUGAAAAACAAGGUAGUUGGUUUUCCCCAUGUAUCUGAGAAAGGGUUGAGCAGCUUUCCUCAGUUCGGUGGGUGAGUCCAGAAUGCCAGUUCUGCCAUAUGAAUGGCUGCAGCAGAACAGCAGUGUCCACUGUCCUCUUUAUGACGCCUCUCUCUUUAACCCCAGCCAAUGGGAUGGGAGAGGUUGAUGUAAGCAGAAAGGAAGGGAUAGGCUUAUCUGCAGAGUCCAUUCAACUGGUAAUGGUUUUGUCAUUGCAUUUUCUUUCAUUAUACAUCAUGAAUCAAUAAAAUAAUGUAAUUUCUCUAAACUGAGUCAAU